AUGGUGGUGAUCGGCGGCCUCGACCCGUUGCAGGAUUGGCAGAGGCGGUACGCCGACGUGCUGCGGCGGAAGGGGAAGGCGGUGCGGGUGGUAGAGUUCCCGGAGGCCAUUCACACGUUCUUCUUCUUCCCCGAGCUCCCCGACUGCGCUAGGCUCGUGGAGGCGAUGAAGGCGUUCAUAGAUGACAGCAACGCAUCCUCUGACUCGGCUGCCUGA